AUGACUGGAAUUUGUGUAUCUGAUAUUCUGAAUUUCUCCGUUGAUUUAUAUCUAAAUGGAGCUUGGCUCCCAAAAUUAUACCCAAUAUCGACUAUAGAUUGUCUUCGAGAGGACUACACCAUAUUCAAUCUAUCCUACGAGUUCUUGAAAGCCUUACCAACAAGAAUAUCAGAUCUAGUGGAGACAAGAGAGUCAAUGGAACAUUGGGUCCGUAUUAUUCCAACUAUAUUCUAUCCAAUAUUAACAGCUCAGUUGAUUCAUGAAUUGAAAGUAAUAAAUAAGCAACGAAAGUCAAAACAUUUCCACGAAGACCAUGAACAUGAUAACCUUCCCAAAUUGAUUUUCUUCAUGACUAUUAGUUUUAUGUUAUCUGAAGGAGUGGAUGGUGUCAGAACUAUAAUAAUGGUUGGGAUGUAUAACUGGAAGGAUGAGUUCCCUGGUGUCAGAAAAGUUCUUCUAUCAUCUCAAAAUAUUGUUAAAACAUUACGAUGUCUUAACGUUAUGUCCCACCCCUUUAUUUGUUAUGCAAUGUCUACGCAGUAUAGAAAUACGGUUAAAAGAAUGUGUGGAUGGAAGGUUGCAACGGUUAAGGUAACACCAAAGACCGAACUACGCAAUAACACUUCUCGUAGCUCAUUGGGAAGCACCUCACAUACAAUUCGUCCCUAA